AUGAAACGGCCCCCCUUGGAUGGAGGGCAGUGUUGGGACCCGUGGUGGCCUCUGCCCUACGUCUUCUACCUCGUCCUCCGGGCUCCGUCGCGGACCCGCGCACCACCCAGGAAGGUUCCGACUGGAGCGCUAGCCUCAGUUCUGGCGUGGGCCGGUGGUUUCCCCGCGCCUCGUGACCUUGAGGGUCAGCGAUCCACCCGGCAGGCCCGCGGUUUCCGGAGUGGCGCGGCCAGCCCUUCCUCCCCGCCUCUCCGGCCAAGGCCGCCCUGGACCGCCCAGCCUCGUCGCGCUCAGCCGCCGGCUCCCGGCCCCGAGCCGGGACCCGGGGGUGAAAGCAGCGAGGACCUCACCCACGCCCUGCGGACACGCGUCCUGCCGGGGCCGGUGUUGGCGCUCUAA